UCGUGUUGUCGAGUUGGAAUUCUGUCUUCUCUUCUAACUUGACGUCUGCAGGUCGAACCCGCCCCUAACUUCUCCUCCCUGCGUUUUUUGUGAGCUCUAUCUCCAUCUCCAUCGUCUUCAACCUGUAAGUCUCUGUUUUGCUGAACUCUCCCACUCCUAUGCAGAUACUUUGUUGCUCAUAUCUCAUUGACUUAACAGAAUUUCGGAUUUGAAAGCUUUUCUCAAACACCAUGGAUCCAAAUUUACCUUCUUCUCCUACGUCGUCAAGAAAGUUUAGGUUUGCUCCAAAGCCACCUCCUCGCAGAGCUAAGAAGAAAGUCGAACUCAAAACAGAAUCAAACAGACACGAUGCUUCUGAUGAUGAAGCUCCCGACACUCGUCUUCUCCGGCGAGCCAAUGAGCAUCUGACUAGAGGGAAAGCUAAAGCUGAGAAGAAGGCGGUUCAAGUUGUAUUUUCUCAUGGAGUGGCAUCAUCAGCUCCUAUAAGGACAUAUGGAAAUCCUAGGGAAGGGACGGCUGAUAGUACAGGAUUGAAAGGUUCUGGUUAUGGUGACCCGCGAGACCUUGUGCCCUCACCUUCAAAUACUAAUGUUGAUGUAGAUGAAGAUAGUUUGGCGAAAGCUGAAAGCAUAAAGAAGAAAAAAAGAGAGUAUCGAGAACCUUGGGAUUACAAGAAUAGCUACUAUCCUAUCACUCUUCCUCUAAGGAAGCCUAAUUCUGGAGACCCAGAAAUCCUUGAUGAAGCAGAAUUCGGAGAGGCAGCAAGAAAUGCCGAGUAUGAUGAGACCAAAAUACAUCCUUCUUCUGAGCUUGGUUUGCUGGAUGAACAGGAUGAAGAUGAACGAAGAAUGUUUUUUAUUCAGAUUCCUAAUAAUUUGCCUUCGUGCAAGAGUAUCGGAGAUCAGACAACAUUGCCUGCUGCAUCGACGAAGGGAAAAGAGGUAAUUGAGGUUCCAACUAGUGCAAAAGGAAAAGAAAAAGUCGAGAACCCCCCGACAGUUUUGAGAAGGAGAAGCAGUCCAAAGAAGGGAUGCAGUUUGGAAGAAUUGCCCGGGGGUUACAUGGGGAAGAUGCUGGUUUACAAGAGUGGAGGAGUUAAAUUGAAGCUAGGAAACAUCUUGUACGAUGUCUCGCCUGGGGUAGGUUUCUCAUCAGCUCAGGAAGUUGUUGCAAUCAACACCGUCGAUAAAAACUGCUGUAAGCUGGGAGGUAUUUACAAACAUGCUGUCGUCCUUCCUGACAUCGAUUCACUCCUGGAUUCGGAUUCUAACUAACCAAGGUAGAGACUAGUACGAGAUCACCGCCAUUAUGCUAUGGAUAUAACAUGAAAACAAUGGCCUAUGGUCACUGGAUAUUGAAGCCUAAUUGUACCUAGAAUCAUUUCAUACAUUUAACUUCUAUGUAACAAUGUCCCUCUAUCUGCAGAAUGAAUGCUUUGGACACAA